UCUGCAACUCCGAGCUUUUCCUCAUCACGAAAUAAAGAAAGGAACUUUCUACACCGCCCGACACUUCACACUCUUGAUCAUUCUCUGGUCAAAGUAUUCUGUGGUUAAAGACUCCAGUACCAAUCCACUCACCAACCACCCCCUAGCUUCUCCACUUGUCCUAAACCUACCUACAGGGAAAAGGUUUGGUUCCUGUGUAGCUUGUAAACCCUUUUGCUGUUAGAUCGUUCUUGCAAUUUGAUGAUCGAGUCGAAGUUUCCAUGGAGAGGUAUGAGAUUGUGAAAGAUAUAGGGGCUGGGAAUUUUGGGGUAGCAAGGUUGGUCAGGGAUAAGUGGACAAGAGAACUCUAUGCUGUUAAGUUCAUUGAGAGAAGCCAGAAGAUAGAUGAGCAUGUGCAGAGGGAAAUCAUGAACCAUAGAUCAUUGAAGCAUCCCAAUAUUGUUCAGUUCAAAGAGGUUCUUCUGACACCAACUCAUCUAGCCAUAGUAAUGGAGUAUGCUUCUGGAGGAGAGCUCUUUGAGAGGAUAUGCAAUGCUGGUAGAUUUAGUGAGAAUGAGGCAAGGUUUUUCUUUCAGCAACUGAUAUCAGGAGUCAGUUACUGCCAUUCAAUGCAAAUAUGUCACAGGGACCUUAAGCUUGAAAAUACACUCUUAGAUGGCAGCACAGCACCCCGUGUCAAAAUAUGUGAUUUUGGAUACUCAAAGUCCCUACUGCAGUCCCAGCCAAAAUCAACUGUGGGAACACCAGCUUAUAUUGCUCCUGAGGUCUUAUCUAGAAAGCAAUAUGAUGGAAAAAUUGCAGAUGUUUGGUCAUGUGGAGUCACCUUAUAUGUGAUGAUAGCUGGAGCAUAUCCUUUUCAAGAUCCUGAUGACCCUAAGAACUUCAGAAAAACAAUAAAUCGGAUCCUUGGCGUUCACUACUCAAUUCCAGAGCAUGUUCAAGUUUCCAUCGAGUGUAGACAUCUUUUAUCUCAGAUAUUUGUGGAAAACCCUGAAAAGAGAUUAACGAUAGCAGGAAUUAAAAACCAUCCUUGGUUCUCAAAGAAUUUACCUAUAGAACUUAUGGAAGGAGGAAGUUGGCAGAGCCAUGAUGUUAAUAUGCCAUCCCAGAGCACCGAAGAAGUUCUGUCCAUAAUUCAAGAGGCAAGAAACUUAGUAUUGUCCCCAAAUGCGAAUACGCAUCUCCUCGACGGCAGCAUGGAUCUUGAUGAUUUGGAUGCUGACGUUGAAGACGUUGAAACAAGUGAUGAUUUUGUAUGCCGGACAGAGUAGUUGACCUGUAAACACAUAAAUCAUACCUGGCUGAUGAGUAAAGUUUCGCUAGUAGCAGAGUUCCUACCAAAGCAUGACAAGAACUUUAACUUAUAGAGCUCGAGAAUGUGAUGUAAUUGUGCUGAGAUGCUUUUUUUCUUUUUUUUUGUUUACGAGUUUUUUUUUUUUAAUUAUUGCUAAACAACGGCUAGAGCCUAGAGGCUUUCUUAUAUUAGGCCCGUCCUGACCCUAUCGGUUAGGUUAGUCUUUAUCUCUUGUUGUUUCUUGUAAUAGGAAUUUCGCAUCUCGAUGAUGCUCAUGUCAUGUUUGUUAACGGGGGACAUUUUCUAAUAGGUAGUUUAUUGUUUUGUAGGAACUAGGAACAUUCUGGAUGUCUUAU